GCUUGUAAUUUAGUUACCAAUGACAUGGAACAAAUGAUCAGCUUGGACAUGGCCACACAUGUGGCACAAACCUGUAGGAAAACAAUUCAGCCUGGAACAAAAUGUAGAAGCUACGGUGCCAUCUGCAUGAAACGUGGAGCAUGAGGAUGAAUUGCAGUGCUCAUGAGGUCUUCUCUGAUAAUAAUAUCAUUAUGUAUGUUCGUAUGAAUAAGCCAAUACACAUGGCAUGUAAUUUUUCGAUUAAUAAAGCAUCGUUUCUGGU